AGUCAAGUCAGUUUUCUUCCGUCAUUCGCUCAUUAUAAAUCAGUCGUGUUUUUAUUACAUUCACAAUUUCGUUGCGUUGCGUGCUACUUUAAAAUAUUUUCAAUAACAAUCAUCUUCGUUUAAUCUCGUCUGCAGUGUCGGUUGUGUGGUGAAUAUAAAAUUAAAAGUGUUGUGUAAAAGACGGUGUUUUGUUUAUUAUUCUUGAUAACAUGUAAUGUUUUUUGAAAAUGAAGUGCUAUUUCAAUGGUAGGCUCAGCAAAGAAACACCAAUAUUUGUCAAAAGAUAAGAAGUUUGCAAAAACGGUACAAUGGAUGAUGAUGAGGCAGACUUGCGCGAGCAGAUAUUCCACAAUAAUGUCAGGGAGCAAAUUAUUUUCCUUCUACUAUUCAUAUUACUGUACCUUGUGUCAUUUAUGCUAAUUGAAAAGUUCCGACGUCGAGACAGUGAGGACUAUUUCACUGGAGAUGAAGAUGAAGUCAAAGUUUACAGAAUCAGUCUUUGGCUGUGCACCUUUGCACUAGCCGUGUCACUGGGCUCCGCUCUCUUACUGCCUGUAUCUAUAGUCAGCAAUGAAGUACUCAUCCUAUACCCUAACAGUUAUUAUGUCAAAUGGCUCAACAGCUCUCUCAUUCAAGGGUUAUGGAACCACGUUUUCCUGUUUUCCAAUCUGUCAAUGUUCGUGUUCCUGCCCUUCGCGUAUCUGUUCUCGGAGUCGUCCGGUUUUCCUGGGUGUAGGGGACUGAGGGGCAGAGUGUACGAGACGUUCAUAGUCCUCGCGUUACUUGGUGUUGCUAUGCUGGGCCUGGCCUACGUCAUCUCAGCCUGGUUGGAAGGCGACCGAUCCAGUAUUGAUGCUUUGCUUAAUUUGUGGACGUACCUACCUUUCCUGUAUUCCUGUGUGUCGUUCGUUGGAGUUCUUAUGUUACUAGUAUUCACUCCGCUCGGCUUCGUGAGAUUGUUCGGCGUGGUGGGCGGGGUGCUCGUCAAGCCCCAGUUCCUGAGGGAUCUCAACGAGGAGUACUACGUGUACUCUUUCGAAGAGGACACCAUCAGGCGGCGCAUCAACAAUGCUGUCUCUACAGGAGUGGGCUACAUAUCCCCCGAGCCCAUGUACCCUGACCGCGGCGACAUAUCUGCGCCACUGGAUGCUGAUGUGUCAAUAUCAAAGGACAGCCAGCGAGCUGCCGUGAAACGGGGCAAGGAGACACCCUUGCUUCGUUUGAGGAAUGGCGCUCUCCAGGCAGGACUGAAUGAGAGGCUGCACCGAGUCGUGUCUAUGAGGAAGGAAGUAGAGGGUCAACGCAAGACAUCGUCCCUCCAGCGCAACGUGGUGUACCCACUGGCGAUGCUGUUACUGCUAGCGCUCACCACCAUCACCGUCCUCAUGGUGCUGCAAAACACGCUCGAACUGCUCAUCGGUAUCAAGGCUUUGCCACUUAGUACACGGCAAUUCACGCUGGGCAUAGCGUCGCUGUCGAAGCUGGGGUGCGCGGGCGCGGUGCUGGAGGCGUUCCUGAUCGUGUACCUGUACGCGGCCUCGCUGACGGGGCUGGGCACGCCGCUGCGCGCGCUGCGCCUGCUGCCGCGCGCGCGACGCACGCCGCUCGCGCGCAUCAUCGCGCACUGCACGCUAUUGCUCGCAUACUCCACUGCACAUCCACUGCUCGUCAAGAUGCUCGGCAUAACGAACUUUGAUUUGCUGGGUGAAUUUGGGCGCAUCGAAUGGCUGGGGAACUUCAAGCUGGUUCUGUUAUACAAUGCCAUAUUCGCGGGCACGGUGACGCUGUGCCUGGUCAGCAAGUUCACGGCGAGCGUGAGGCGUGAGCUGUACAACAGAUUCAGGUGGAUUGCAGAUGUUUUCACUUUCCCAGAGGAAACAAAGCCCAAAGUAAUUACAAAGCCUGCAUUAAAUGCAACAAGAGCAUCCGUAGAGAGAAGCCCAGCUCCUGAGGUUGAAAAUGUUGACACUGACACUGCUGAAGAUGCCAAGACAAAGUGAGACAAUAGACAGUGGUACAUGAUUACAUGGGGAAAUAAUGAAAAAGAAUAUCUUUAAAAUGUCUAUGUUUGAAAUAAACCAAAGUCUAGGGUAACAACUUAAGUUAUGAAUUGCGCUGCAUACUGCUAUACCCAUGAAGUGCUAAUUCCAUUACUUGCCUUACCAUCACACAGCCAGUGUGAAAAAACUCAGAAAAUAUCAUAUUGUACCUAGGGCCUAAGUGCCUAUCAAAAUCUAUAAAAACCUUAACAUGUCCAGAAAAAUAUGAAUAUAGCAUAGGACCAUAGGGUCCUUGUCUUACUGAAUGUGCAAUAUGUGAAUGAUUCAUGUGGUCUGAUUUUUUUAAAUUAAGAUGGGAGAAAUAAUUUUGAGGUAUUGACAAUAUUUCUUCCAUUGAAAAAUACUAUAAAACAUCAAUUGUAUUUUAUUCUGUGAAUAAAAAUUAAGUGUCAUUUGAAAAAUCAGACCAUUUCGUUAUUGUUUGAAAAUGCAUUUUGUGUCAUGAUGAAUGUGAUAAGGCUUGUCACAAGCUUGCACAAUUAUACCAGCACAGCAAUGAAAUUGCUUUUGUACAUUGUAAUAAGGAAAAAUUGUGAUGACAAUAAGUUAAAAGUUCUUCAUAAAAAAUCUAUUUGCAAUCAAACACAAAAUGAUCAAUUUUUACUUUUUUAUAAGAAUAAAACUCUAAGCUCAAUUUACACCGCUGCAGAAUGGAAUGGAGGCGUCAGUUUCGCCUAAUGUCGUGAGAAGGUGCAUGAAUUCCCUCAAACUGUUAAUGUAAACAGUUGGCACCUAAAUGAUGUGACUUAUCCCACCAACUCCAUGUUUGUUCCACUGGAUUCUACAGGAGAAUGUCUCCCUAUUGCCCAAAACACAUGCAACCUUUUUUGGUUCCUUUUAUUUUAAUUUGUAUGUUAAUUAUGGUUGUGCACAGAUUUUGUUGAAAAAGGUUGCUUCCAUUACAUUCCGCAGCCAUGUAAAUUGACCAUAAGUUGUAAACUUUAUGCCUGUGACUCAAAUGGAGAAUAAUUAACUGUAAAUGUAUAUUUUGAUGUAUUAUGUAUUUUAAUGAGAUGUGUCUCCACUACAAUAUCUGUGAUGAGUUAAUAUAGUUAUUCUGUAUUUAUUGGAAUUAUUGUAAAUAUUGUGAUUAUAAAAAAAUAAAUAAUGUGAACAGUUUAA